AUGCUCAUAACGUUCGGACAUAUUAUGAAGUCGCAAAACAGAUAUCGUGCCUGGCUUCGAUCGCAACGGCCGACUGAAGACAGUAAGGCCAACAAGCGGAAAAGGGGAAAUGAGGCCAUUCUCCUCAUAGUACAGUGCGUGGCUGGAUCACCUGAUUGGCAGCAAGCGAUCUACGGGAUCUUCCCCUGGAAAACACCUUCUUUCGGACGACCACCGAGCGAGUGCCUCAAAGUUACGAAAACAGAGUGUGGGCGCUAUGGCAAAUGCACCACGAAUGAUUCUUCAUGCACCACGGCGUGGACCCGUGAAGGCCUGAUAUGUGUAUGUGGCCACUGCAACCCGCACCAUGACUCUGCGAGGCCCCCACUCUCGAGCCGAGACCGCGCUAAAAUGCGAAAGUUGUGGAAGGAUUCGGGUCAUCCGACCUUAUUGGCGAUAACUACUGUCAAGUUUCGAUUAGAGACUCUUCGUCAAGAUACUCAGACAAUCUCCAAUGCUUUAGAUCCCUCAACAAUCAAGGCAGGAUUUUUGCAAGUUAUUUAUCAACUCAUUCAGCCGCUCGUAUCCAGCGUCGUGCACUCUCCUGCCCAAGAUGCCACAAAUUCUACUCGAACAAACAUAACAUCCCACCACCCUACGAUAAUACUUUCACCAUGUUCAUCUUCGCCCUCACAUUUACCCUCUUCAUCUCUCUCUCCUCCGCCCGCACAUGCUACCACCCCGACCAAUCCAUUGCCACCGGAAACGUCCCCUGCACCUCCGCUGAUACGACCUAUUGCUGCGACUCCGAUGCGAUCUGCAUGUCCAAUGGCUACUGCGUUGGAGUCGGAGCCCAGCCAUAUGUCUUCUACCGGGGCUCCUGUACGGACGAAAACUGGGGUAGUGGUUGUCCGACGCAAUGCGGUCAAGAACAACGGGUCUUCGGAGUGCGUGGAUGGCGACACGGCGUUUACUUUAAACAAUGGGGAAAUUAUUCUCGGGCGGGCCCUGCUGGAGAAUGUCACGGAAGUUAGUAAUGCUAGUUCCACUUCGACAAACACCGUUUCCACCGAGACAGUGCUAGCCACGUCAACGACUUGUUCGAGCAGUGAGAAGCACUGUAGCUCUAAUGCGACGGCUGUGGGAGCUGGCGUGGGUGUGCCACUGGGAGUACUGGCCGUGUCGGCUGCCGUGUGGGCGCUCUGGGAGAGGAGCAGGAGAUUAACAGCGUCUACGGCUGCUGUUAACGCUCAAGAGGGUUUCUAUAUGGACAAAGGACCUGUACAAGAGGACCAUGUUCCGCACAGAAUGCAACAGGCGCCGACGGAGUUGGACACGCGGGCUAGGAUAUCGGAGAUGAUGGGAAGUACAUAUAACUACCACCCUGCAUCUUAG